UCAGCGAAUCCACACUGGGGAGAAGCCCUACAAAUGCAACCAGUAUGGCAGAGUCUUCAGCCAGCUUGCUCUCCCCUCAUUCAGCAUCAGAGGAUCCACAUAGGAGAGAAACCCUAUGAAUGUAACCAGUGUGGCAGAGCCUUCAGCCAGAGCUCCCUUCUCAUCGAACACCAGAGGAUUCACACCAAGGAAAAGCCCUAUGGGUGCAAUGAGUGUGGGAAAUCCUUCAGCCACAGCUCCUUGCUCAGCCAGCACGAAAGGACGCACACUGGGGAAAAGCCCUAUGAGUGUCACGAUUGUGGAAAGUCCUUUAGGCAGAGCACCCACCUCACUCAGCACCGGAGGAUCCACACAGGAGAUAAGCCAUAUGUGUGCAGGGACUGUGGAAAGGCCUUUACACACAGCUCCUCCCUUACCAAGCACCAGAGAACUCACACUGGAUAAACCCAUUCCACAUGUGCUACGGACAUAGGAAGACCUUAAGCCAUAGCUCAUCCCUUUCUAGA